UUUCUUGCGUAUAAAUCUAGAGAUAUAGAGAGAGAGAGAGAGAGGGGAAGAUUUUAGAGAGAGAGAAAUAGCGAGGGACAACGACUCAGAGGUUGGAAUUUUUGUGUUGACAAGCUUCUAUUACACGGUAUAGAAGACUCGCUCUGUUUUACUUUUAGAGAGAGAGAGAGAGGGAGGUGUAGAAGAAGCUGGAGAAAGAAAGAGAGAGACUUGUCGUUAAUGAAAACAUUUUCAAGAAAUUCUCCCACCCAAUUUCUUGUUAGAUUUUAGUGGCUGGUUUGCUGAUAUAAUAGCUCAAUAGCUGGACUGGAACGGGAACAUGGCUAACGUAGUGAAGUCUCAAGUUCGGCUGGUUCUGUGUCCUAAAUGCCGAAAAAUCCUUGAAGAGCCAACAGAGGAGAUCGUCUAUAAAUGUGGAGGAUGUGACACAGUUCUUCAAGCGAAGAAAAGGAAAAACAACAACAACACCAGCACUGAGCCGGGUGUUCCUGAAACUCAUCCUCGGGAUUCAAAGGAAAAGGAAAUUAGCAGCUUACAUCAGAAAGACUCUUCGAUUUCCUCUGUGGAUACUUUGCAGAGUGAGAGCUGCAAGAGUCGGUAUGAAAUUGGGGAGUGCAGUAAGGUGCGGAGUGGGCAGAAAAAUUUCUCGGGUGAGCUUCAGUGCUCACCUCAACUUAGUAGUAGCUUUCACGAGAUUGAUGGCAACUCGUCGAGUGCUAGAGAGCCUAUUGAGCAGCACGAAGACGAGUGCCCCGUGGAUGGUUGCUCCGAUGGAUAUGAGAAUGAGUUGAGGACGGUGGAUAGGAACUUCUCUGAUGAACUUUCUGAGUCGAAUGAGCUCAAACAUCGCGGAACUGAAGUUUCAUCUGCUCCCCGAGAAGCUGGAGAACAGAUGGAAGAUGAUGAAUGCAUCAGAAGGUGCGAGUAUGAAAGUGAAAUGGAGAGCCCCGAGUAUACCAACUCUCAUGCUGGUAGUUCUCCGUUUACUCGAAGCAGCCAUGACGACAGUGAAGCCAAUGCUAAUACGGGUAAAAGUCAUUCUCUCUCGCAAGAAAGCAACAUAAGCGAUCCAAAUGAUUUUGCAGGCCACACUCUGGAAUACAUUGAACAUACAAAGAGUUCCGGAGAAAUUAUUCCACCCGAGUGUCAUGAAAUUGAAAAGCCAUCACCAGUACAGACUGAAGUGGAUCAAAGCCCCUUGCACGAGGGCGUCUUAUCUGAUACUUUCGUGUCUGUUCAUCCCCAACAGCCAGAGCAAUCUGACAAAGAAAUUGCUCGAAGUUUUGACCGUAUAAGCUCUGUGGAUACUCUGGACAAUUUACCCCUCUAUAGCAGACCUCAACCUACGGUAACACACCGAGAUAUGCCCAAAUCUCCCGCUACCAGAAGCUAUUAUGCUUAUGAUGGUAGUGCCUCUUCUUGUGAUGGGGAUAGUCAAGUACCUAGCAAGUUUUCGCAACAAGUUGGGUGGAAAUUCGAGAAUGCAAAACUCAAAAUUCCUGAUGAAUUUCGAUCAGAUGACGAGUGUAAGGAGGAUAGCGUGCUGAGCAGGAAGCCGAGGACUCACCAUCCCGCAAAGAAUUGCUCUCAGGCGUUACCACGAAGGAUGCAUCGAGCUGGAGAAGGCCGCAGCCAGAAUCAAGAUAAGUGGGCUGAACCUAGAAGACGUGAUCAAACCUUUGGACAUAGGAGGCAAUUGAUGACAGACACGAGUCAUGGACACGGGAGCCCUUCAGCGUUAUGGCAAAAUGAUUUUCGUCAUCAUUCGAGCUUUUAUCCAUCGAAUAUGCCCCCGUAUGCAGACCGGGAAAAAAUGGAACUGUUGAGAAUGGUCCAUGAUCUUGAGAACCAGCUCCAAAAAACUCGUCUGUCAAAAGGAAAAGCUUCCAAUAGAAGGUUUCAUACCGAAGAUAUGCAUGCCCCGUUGUACUCUGAUCAGUUCCAACCCGAUGCUGAUGCAAGCCACCGUCGUCAAUGUCCUAUAAGAUGCAGCCAAGGGCAAGGAUUUUCAUCUAAAAUCCCGAGAAUACCUUUCUCUGGAGAGGCUGUGCAUUAUAGACACCGAGGCGAUUGCCUGUGCCUGCACUGCUCGCCCCAGGUGUGGCAUUGCUCGUCACAACUUCCUUUGGGUUCCGUUUGCUGCAACAAAAGUCACCUCGCAGCCUGCACUAACCAUAACUAUGUCAAUGCCAUCCAUUCGAGCUCACAAAGUCCCCAGCAUUACCCGAGCCCUAAGUGGUGCCAUGAACCGAAAUCGAGUGAUCAGACUCAUCAGAGGCAGAAAGAUCAUGAGCUGAGGAAAUUGCAUUUAGGGGAAAGGUAUGGUAAAAUGCGUCAUGUCCUCCCAUUUGCAGGCGGGGCGCCAAUAGUUGCUUGCCAUCACUGCUCGGAGUUAUUACAACUGCCUGCAGAUUUCGGUCUCUUCAAAAGGAGAUGCUAUCAGCUAAGGUGUAACGCAUGCUUGAAGAUUCUCACAUUUGAUCUUCAAAACAGAACACAUAUCGCCCCAAACGCUAUCACUGACGAUCUUUUAUCAGAGAACGACUCCGUUUAUGACAUGGCCGAGCAGCCUGCUACUUUAGCCCCUCCGCCUAGCGAGGUUGGUGAAUCCAGUGAUCUCCACGAGAGAGCUCCUCCCCAACGCUGCCCCCACGCUGAAUCUCUGUCAUAUUCUGACGAUUUGGGGCCAUCUUUCUGCAGGAGUUGCUCAACUGAAGUGGAGCCUUCAUCAGUCCCUCGUGGAAGAACCACCUUCAACAGGAAGGUCUCAUCCGCUAGCUCCAUGGAAGACCGGAAAAUGAAGUCUGUCAUGAGAGAAUCCCAAGGCAAACCAGCGAAGAAUUCCUGGGAACACGCUGAAUCAGCAGCAGGGCCUUCCAAUUGGGGCAUUUCGUCAUCAGAAAUCGAGGAAGUACACCCCAAUGCAGGCUCCCCGCUUCAUCGUCUCAUGGGAUAUUCCACAAUAAGUCAAGUGCUCAAAUAGCUUAUCCAUUCAAGAACUCAGAAGCCAUAAUCACACUGAUACAGUGAUACAUAUGAAAGUCUGGAUUCUGGACCAGAACCAUGGAUCUUGAAAUCAAGAAAUUCAAUGCCUGAUUGACUGACUAUAUACCGAUAUGAGUUACUACAAACAGAGUUCUUUCAGAUUAUUAGAUUUCUUUUUCUGCUGUCCAUUUCUCUACAGAUUAAGCUGCAUUGCAGUAGUGUAAAGUCAAUUGGUUUCACUUGUAUUACAGUGAAAUUUUCAAUAUGGUUUCUUUGUAUUUGUAAUUAUCUUUAUUGUGUGUAUAUAUAUAUAUAAUCAUAAUAUUUGAAAUAUGUUGUCA